AUGGUGACAGACUGGCACCCGUGCGGCCUCUUGAACAACAAGCCGACCCAUCGCUAUGCAAUUGUCAUCCUCAACCAGCCCGUGAACAAAAAGGCCCUGGACGCCGUUAUCGGGUCAGCCUCGUUGCUCGUGUGCGCCGACGGUGGCGCCAAUCGGCUGUACAAGUACGACAAAGCCGCACAGGACAGCAUGAACGGCAUGUCAAAGUUAAACCGCCGCGUGCCAGAUGCUAUCGUGGGGGAUCUUGAUUCCCUGGCAGAAUCAGUGGGAGCGCAUUAUCGCUCUCUCGGGGCCCAAGUAAUCAGGGACCCAGACCAGUACUCUACAGACUUCACGAAGUGCCUGAAAUGGAUCCGUGUCUGGGCCACAUCGAAGCUCGAGCGUGGCGCACCAGGUCACGACCAAGAGCGAGAACCUAUCAUGGACGUUGUUGUCCUAGGGGGCCUGGGAGGUCGUGUAGACCAGGGCUUCUCUCAAGUCCAUCAUCUUUUCAUGGCGGAGAACGAUACGGCACUUUUGAGAGGCCGCAUUUAUUUAUUGUCAGAACAGAGUUUGUCAUUUGUUCUAGCUGAUGGCCGCAAUCUCAUCCACCUCGAACCUGGUUAUUUCGCGGAGAAUGUGGGAAUCCUCCCUGUUCUCGGGCGCACUUUCCUCACCACCAAGGGCCUUGAGUGGGACGUUGAACAAUGGCCCACUGAAUUUGGCGGCCAAGUGAGUACCAGUAACCAUAUACGGUCCUCCGAAAUCGACAUUGCCUUCGAGGGUCCAAGGCCAUUGUUCACCCUGGAACUAGACGAACGUCUGACGACCACUUCCGAAUGA